AUGGGUGACAUGACCAACAGCGACUUUUACUCCAAAAACCAAAGAAAUGAGUCGAGCCAUGGGGGCGAGUUCGGGUGCACGAUGGAGGAGCUCCGCUCCCUCAUGGAGCUGCGGGGCACCGAGGCUGUGGUCAAGAUCAAGGAGACCUAUGGGGACACUGAAGCCAUCUGCCGGCGCCUCAAGACCUCGCCUGUUGAAGGUUUGCCGGGCACCACUCCAGACCUGGAAAAGAGAAAGCAGAUUUUCGGGCAAAACUUUAUACCUCCAAAGAAGCCAAAAACCUUCCUGCAGCUUGUAUGGGAAGCGCUGCAAGAUGUGACCCUGAUCAUCCUGGAAAUCGCAGCCAUCAUCUCCCUGGGGCUCUCCUUCUACCAUCCGCCAGGCGAGAGCAAUGAAGCAUGCGCGACGGCCCAGGGUGGGGCAGAGGAUGAAGGGGAGGCGGAGGCGGGCUGGAUCGAGGGGGCCGCCAUCCUCCUCUCAGUCAUCUGUGUGGUCCUCGUCACGGCCUUCAAUGACUGGAGCAAAGAGAAACAGUUCCGGGGCCUUCAGAGCCGUAUCGAGCAGGAACAGAAGUUUACUGUGAUCCGGGCCAACCAGGUGGUCCAGAUCCCUGUGGCCGAGAUCGUGGUUGGAGACAUCGCCCAGGUCAAAUACGGCGACCUCCUCCCUGCUGACGGCCUCUUCAUCCAGGGCAAUGACCUCAAGAUUGACGAAAGCUCCCUGACCGGGGAGUCUGACCAGGUGCGCAAGUCUGUGGACAAGGACCCCAUGCUGCUGUCAGGGACCCACGUGAUGGAGGGCUCAGGACGGAUGUUGGUGACCGCUGUGGGUGUGAACUCUCAGACUGGCAUCAUCUUUACCUUGCUAGGGGCUGGUGGUGAAGAGGAAGAAAAGAAAGACAAGAAAGGUAAGCCCAGUAAAAUGCAGGAUGGCAAUGUGGACGCCAGCCAGAGCAAAGCCAAACAGCAGGAUGGGGCGGCCGCCAUGGAGAUGCAGCCCCUCAAGAGCGCCGAGGGCGGCGACGCAGAUGACAAGAAGAAGGCCAACAUGCACAAAAAAGAGAAGUCCGUGCUGCAGGGCAAGCUCACGAAGCUGGCUGUGCAGAUUGGCAAGGCAGGCCUGGUGAUGUCAGCCAUCACGGUCAUCAUCCUGGUGCUCUACUUCACCGUGGACACCUUCGUGGUCAACAAGAAGCCAUGGCUGCCCGAGUGCACGCCCGUCUACGUGCAGUACUUCGUCAAGUUCUUCAUCAUUGGCGUCACAGUGCUGGUGGUCGCCGUGCCCGAAGGGCUCCCUCUGGCUGUCACCAUCUCACUGGCCUACUCAGUGAAGAAAAUGAUGAAGGACAACAACCUGGUGCGCCACCUGGACGCCUGUGAGACCAUGGGCAAUGCCACGGCCAUCUGCUCAGACAAGACUGGCACGCUGACCACCAAUCGCAUGACAGUGGUACAGGCCUACGUUGGUGACGUCCACUACAAGGAGAUCCCCGACCCCAGCUCCGUCAAUGCUAAGACCAUGGAGCUGCUAGUCAACGCCAUCGCCAUCAACAGCGCCUACACCACUAAGAUCCUGCCCCCGGAGAAGGAGGGCGCCCUGCCUCGGCAGGUGGGCAACAAGACAGAGUGUGGCCUGCUGGGCUUUGUGCUGGACCUGAAGCAGGACUACGAGCCCGUGCGCAUCCAGAUGCCAGAGGAGAAGCUAUACAAAGUGUACACCUUCAACUCCGUGCGCAAGUCGAUGAGCACAGUCAUCAAGCUGCCCGACGAGAGCUUCCGCAUGUACAGCAAGGGUGCUUCUGAGAUCGUGCUCAAGAAGUGCUGCAAAAUUCUCAACGGGGCAGGUGAGCCCCGGGUCUUCCGGCCCCGCGACCGGGAUGAGAUGGUGAAGAAGGUGAUUGAGCCCAUGGCCUGUGAUGGGCUCCGUACCAUCUGCGUGGCCUACCGCGACUUCCCCAACAGCCCCGAGCCCGACUGGGACAACGAGAAUGACAUCCUCAACGACCUCACCUGCAUCUGCGUGGUGGGCAUCGAGGACCCCGUGCGGCCCGAGGUCCCGGAAGCCAUUCGAAAGUGCCAGCGGGCAGGCAUCACGGUCCGCAUGGUCACUGGUGACAAUAUCAACACAGCCCGGGCCAUUGCCAUCAAGUGUGGCAUCAUCCAUCCUGGGGAGGACUUCCUGUGCCUCGAGGGCAAGGAGUUCAACCGGAGGAUCCGCAAUGAGAAGGGGGAGAUUGAGCAGGAGCGAAUCGACAAGAUCUGGCCAAAGCUGCGAGUGCUGGCUCGCUCCUCCCCCACGGACAAGCAUACCCUGGUCAAAGGCAUCAUUGACAGCACCCACACCGAGCAGCGGCAGGUGGUGGCCGUGACCGGGGAUGGGACCAACGACGGGCCUGCACUCAAGAAAGCUGACGUGGGCUUCGCCAUGGGCAUCGCAGGUACAGAUGUGGCCAAGGAGGCCUCUGACAUCAUCCUGACUGACGACAACUUCAGCAGCAUCGUCAAGGCUGUGAUGUGGGGCCGAAACGUCUAUGACAGCAUCUCCAAGUUCCUGCAGUUCCAGCUGACGGUCAACGUGGUGGCCGUGAUUGUGGCCUUCACGGGCGCUUGUAUCACACAGGAUUCCCCUCUGAAGGCUGUGCAGAUGCUCUGGGUGAACCUCAUCAUGGACACGUUUGCUUCCCUGGCACUGGCCACUGAGCCACCCACCGAGACUCUGCUUCUGCGGAAGCCAUACGGCCGCAACAAGCCCCUCAUCUCACGCACCAUGAUGAAGAACAUCCUGGGCCAUGCUGUCUACCAGCUCACCCUCAUCUUCACCCUGCUCUUUGUGGGCGAGAAGAUGUUUCAGAUUGACAGUGGGAGGAACGCGCCCCUGCACUCCCCGCCCUCGGAGCACUACACCAUCAUCUUCAACACCUUCGUCAUGAUGCAGCUCUUCAACGAGGUCAACGCCCGCAAGAUCCAUGGCGAGCGCAACGUCUUUGACGGCAUCUUCCGGAACCCCAUCUUCUGCACCAUCGUGCUGGGCACCUUUGCCAUCCAGAUAGUGAUCGUGCAGUUUGGGGGAAAGCCGUUCAGCUGCUCGCCGCUGCAGCUGGACCAGUGGAUGUGGUGCAUCUUCAUUGGGCUAGGAGAGCUCGUCUGGGGCCAAGUCAUCGCCACCAUCCCAACCAGCAGACUCAAGUUCCUCAAGGAGGCAGGAAGGCUGACACAGAAAGAGGAGAUCCCCGAGGAGGAGCUGAACGAGGACGUGGAGGAGAUAGACCACGCAGAGAGAGAGCUGCGGCGGGGCCAGAUCCUGUGGUUCCGAGGCCUGAAUCGGAUCCAAACGCAGAUUGAAGUAGUCAAUACUUUCAAGAGCGGGGCCUCCUUUCAGGGGGCCCUCCGGAGACAGUCCUCCGUCACCAGCCAGAGCCAGGACAUCCGCGUCGUGAAGGCGUUCCGUAGCUCUCUCUAUGAAGGUUUAGAAAAGCCUGAGUCUCGAACCUCCAUCCAUAAUUUCAUGGCUCAUCCCGAAUUCCGGAUCGAAGAUUCCCAGCCCCACAUCCCCCUCAUCGACGACACCGACCUGGAAGAAGAUGCUGCGCUCAAGCAGAACUCGAGCCCGCCGUCCUCGCUCAACAAGAACAACAGCGCCAUCGACAGCGGGAUCAACCUGACGACCGACACAAGCAAAUCAGCUACCUCUUCAAGUCCAGGGAGCCCCAUCCACAGCCUGGAGACGUCGCUUUAG